AUGGAAGAUAACGAAUCCAGCACAAAUAAAUUCGUUCCAGAGUACAGACGUACUAAUUUCAAAAAUAAAAGUAGAUUUACUGCUGAUGAAUUGCGUCGUAGAAGAGAUACUCAACAAGUGGAACUACGGAAAGCUAAAAGAGAUGAAGUAUUAGCUAAGAGAAGAAAUUUUGUUCCACCUACAACUGGAGAUGAUUCUGAAGAUGAAGAAGAUAAUCAAGAUGCAGAUCAACAAUUCUAUAAUCAAUUACAACAGGAAUUACCUCAAAUGAUUAAACAAAUUCAAUCUAAUGAUUUACAAGAACAAUUGUCAGCUACAAUUAAAUUUAGACAAAUUCUUUCAAGAGAAUAUCGUCCUCCAAUUGAUGUAGUAAUUCAAUCUGGUGUUGUUCCAACUUUAGUUAAUUUUAUGGAUCAAAAUCAACCUGAAAUGUUACAAUUAGAAGCAGCUUGGGCCUUAACUAACAUUGCUUCUGGUACUUCAGAACAAACUAAAUAUGUUGUGGAUUCAGGUGCUGUUCCAUUAUUUAUUCAAUUAUUGUAUACAGGAUCUGUAGAGGUCCAAGAACAAGCUAUUUGGGCUUUAGGUAAUGUUGCUGGUGAUUCUACUAGUUACAGAGAUUAUGUUUUACAAUGUGGUGCCAUGGAACCAAUUUUGAAUUUAUUUAACUCUACAAAGACUUCUUUAAUUAGAACCGCCACAUGGACUUUGUCUAAUUUAUGUAGAGGUAAGAAACCACAACCUGAUUGGAGUAUCGUUUCUCAAGCUUUACCAACUUUAUCUAAAUUGAUUUAUUCCCUUGAUGAUGAAACUUUAGUUGAUGCUUGUUGGGCUAUUUCUUAUUUAUCUGAUGGUCCACCAGAAGCUAUUCAAGCAGUCAUUGACGCUAGAAUUCCAAAGAAAUUAGUUGAAUUAUUAGGUAAUGCAUCUACUAUGGUUCAAACUCCAGCUUUACGUGCAGUAGGUAAUAUUGUUACAGGUAAUGAUUUACAAACACAAGUUAUUAUUAAUUGUGGUGUCUUAAGUGCUUUAAGAAAUUUAUUAAGUUCACAAAAGGAAUCUAUUAAGAAAGAAGCCUGUUGGACCAUAUCUAAUAUUACUGCAGGUAAUGCAGAACAAAUUCAAGCUGUCAUUGAUGCUAAUGUUAUUCCAGCUUUAGUUGGAAUCUUAAAAUCAGCUGAUUACAAGACUCAAAAGGAAGCUUGUUGGGCUAUCUCUAAUGCAUCUUCAGGUGGUUUACAAAAAUCAGAAAUUAUUAGAUAUCUAGUAUCUCAAGAUUGUAUAAAGCCAUUGUGUGAUUUAUUAGAAAUUGCUGAUAAUAGAAUUAUAGAGGUAUCCCUUGAUGCAUUAGAAAAUUUCUUAAAAGUCGGUGAAAAGGAUAAAGAAGCUCGUGGUUUAGCUGUUAAUGAAAAUGCAGAUUUGAUUGAAAAAGCUGGUGGUAUGGAAAAAAUCUUCAAUUGUCAACAAAAUCAAAAUGAUAAAAUCUAUAACAAGGCAUUCAACAUUAUUGAAACGUAUUUCGGUGAAGAUGAUGAGGUCAUUGAUGAAAGUAUGGCUCCGGAAACCAGUGGUAAUACAUUUGGUUUUGGUUCUAAUGUCAACCAACAAUUUAACUUCAACUAG